UAUUUUUUGCAUGCAAAGCAAAAAUUUUACUGUUUGUGAUGAAUUAUGAGUGUGCUUUUGUUUCUUUGUGGGGAUGUUUUUUCUUCUGGAGCCCAUUGCUGGCUGUGGGAUCAAGCUUUAAGCAUUGUGAUUGGGUCUCUCUCUCUAUUUCUCUCUCUUCUUUUGAACAAGUUUAACAAGGGAUGCUAGUAGCUCUACAAGAAUACCUUUUGAAGAUGAGGGUUAGAAGAAAGCAAAGGAAGCAAGAGAGAAAGCUGAUCAUAGAAAAAGCUGAAAGUUCAAAAGCUAACUAGCUAAAAGGAAAGCUGAGGUAACCGAAAGAAAGAAAGAGCCUUUUUUCUUCCUCUAAGUCCUAGGCAACCCUUCUAGCUGUACAUGUAUCUUCUCUCUCUCUCUCUCAUCCCCCACCUCUAAUCCAAUCUCUCCCUUAUUAUUAUUAUUAUUAUUAUUAUUAUUAUUAACCUUAACUUUAUUUAGAAAAAAAAGUGAAGAGAGAUCGCUUUCCCUCUUAGGCUUUAUAUUAUACAACAUAAUCACUCAAAGAGAACAAGGAAGAAAUUCACUUCACUCAUGUUAGCCAAUAACUCUUCCUCCUCUUCACUUCCUUCUUCUGAGCCAUUUUCUUGCUUAGAAAACGGUAUUAACAACAAGAGGAAACGAAGGCCAGCAGGAACUCCAGAUCCAGAUGCAGAAGUGGUUUCUCUCUCACCAAAAACACUAUUGGAAUCGGAUCGUUAUGUGUGCGAGAUCUGCAACCAGGGAUUUCAGAGAGACCAGAACCUUCAGAUGCAUCGUCGAAGGCACAAGGUGCCAUGGAAGUUGCUAAAGAGAGAGAAUCCAGUGGUGAGAAAACGCGUUUUCGUGUGCCCAGAACCAAGCUGCUUGCACCAUGAUCCUUGCCACGCUCUGGGUGAUCUUGUUGGGAUAAAGAAGCAUUUCAGAAGGAAGCACAGUAAUCACAAACAAUGGGUUUGUGAGAAAUGUUCCAAAGGUUAUGCAGUUCAAUCUGAUUAUAAAGCCCAUCUCAAAACCUGUGGCACCAGGGGCCAUUCAUGUGAUUGUGGCCGUGUGUUUUCAAGGGUAGAGAGUUUCAUUGAACACCAAGAUGCUUGUAGUAUGGGCCGUCUCAGGCCGGAAUCACAUACACUACAACCAGCAUGUUUGUCUCGAACGGCUUCAAGUCCUAGCCCAUCUAGCGAGACCAAUUUCAGCACAGGUCCUUGGUCAGCUGCUUUAGUAAUGCCAAAACAAAAACCAACAGAAACCACGUUCUUGAACCCUACUACUAUUACUGCAGGAGAUAAUUCAUCCAAAAACACAAGCUACCACAACUUGGAGCUUCAGCUCUCAACCACAUCAAAUCCCAUUGAUGUCUCGGCUUCCCCAAAGACAGAAGAGGCCAAUCAUUCUACACAACUUCAACUCUCAAUUGGGUCAUCAGAAUUUGGAGAGAAAAAUGAAUCAAACUUGAGUAAUAUUAGAAACUCACCCAAGGAGGGCACCGUUACUAGUGACAAAGCUGGGGUGGUUGCGUCAAGGCUCAAAGAACAAGCGCGAGAUCAGUUAAGGCUAGCCAGGGCAGAAAAGUCUUAUGCUGAAGAGGCUAGACAACAAGCAAAGCGGCAGAUUGAAUUAGCAGAGCAGGAAUUUGCAAAUGCAAAGAGAAUCAGGCAACAAGCGCAGUCUGAAUUAGACAAGGCUCAGACUCUGAAAGACCAUGCAGUGAAGCAAAUCAAUUCCACUAUUCUUCAAAUAACUUGUCAUGCUUGCAAACAACAAUUUCAAGCAAGAACAGCGGUGGUCCCUCCUCCUGAUGAGAACUCUCUAGUAUUGAGUUAUAUGUCCUCAGCCAUAACAACAGAAGGUGAAGUAGAAAACGAAAAUGGAACUGUUAAGCCAUAGCUAGAUCUCUCUCACUACUUUUACUUCCACCUAUAUCAACCACUUCAUGUUUUUUUCUUUCGUUUUCUUUUUUCUUUUUUUUUUCUUUUUUUUUUCCCCUUUUAUCUACCAAUAUACCAAGUGGGUUGUGGUAAUCUCAGGUUGAUUAAUUUAGUGGGGUGAUGUAUCUUGCAAGUGAUGUUAUUUGUUCAUUAAUUUGGUAAAUGCAGACUACUAUAAUGGGUUUUGUCAAUAUAAACAUUUUUCCCACUA